CGCCCUCUUUCUCUGCAACUCUCGCAAAGUUUCUCAAUUACGUUCAAUUUUCUCUCUCUGCUCGCAGAUGGGGAGCACCACUCGACCCAGCAAACGGCGACCAUCACUGAUUCCAAUUCCGACUCUUCUCUCUCUCGCUCCGGCCUCGAGCGCUCGAAGCGGAGUCUCUACUAAUCACAGCUGCUCUGCGAGCUGGUAUGGAAUUGCUUUAAUAGGAUCCCUGACUUGUUGAUUACAAGUAUGAUGUUCAGCUUUAUUUCCCUCCAGGCAGUUUCGUCGUUCGUAAAUUUUAGUCUACUUUGGGUAUCAGUUUCUGGGAGUAUUAUGGAUUGGAACAAGCGGAAUGUUCUCAGCCAACGGCCUACUGUGCAGUUUAAAAGAAAAGGGAGCGGCAACAAGAAAGGAAACUGGAAUAAUUCAAACCGCGAACAGUCUUCAGGAAAUUCUCAGUCCCUUGAUACUGUGUAUCGUAUACUUUGCCCCUCUAAAAAAAUUGGUGGUGUAAUUGGAAAAGGUGGUGGCAUAAUCAAAUCCCUGAGAGAAGAGACCCGGUCCAAGAUUACAGUUGCUGAUUCUGUUCCGGGCUCAGAUGAGAGAGUCAUUAUUAUCUUUAGUUCCCCAAUCAAAAUUUCAAGGAAACAAAAUAGUGAUGAAGAUUCAAAGGAGCCCUUGGAGCCACACUGUGCUGCCCAAGAUGCACUUUUGAAAGUUCAUGACAGGAUUGUAGAGGAAGAUCUUUAUAAUGGAGUUACAUUUGAUGAUGAUAAUGAGAAUAUUGUUGUCACAAGACUUCUAGUUCCAAACAACUUGGUAGGAUGUCUUCUAGGAAAGCGUGGGGAUGUUAUUCAAAGAUUGCGAAGUGAGACACGUGCAAACAUUCGGGUUCUUCCUGCAGAUCAGCUUCCUACUUGUGCUAUGGAUACUGAUGAAUUGGUGCAGAUAUCCGGAAAACCGGACGUGGCAAAAAGAGCACUGUAUGAAGUGUCUACUCUAUUGCAUCAGAAUCCACGUAAGGACAAACCUCCUUUGGGAUUGGCUAUACCUUUUGGGGGUCAGGGGUUUCAUCUGCCAGGAGCCCCAAAUAUGCUGCCACCUGGCAAUCCAAUGUGGCCUAAUAGGGAACCUUCCCACAGUAUGCCACCAAUGCCAUGGAUGGGAGAAUAUGGAAAUCAUUCCUCUGGAUAUGCUCGAGGAGGGUUUAAUGGUGAUCCUGCGGGACAUGGGGUUGAAGCUUCAGCUGAGUUUUAUAUAAAGAUUUUGUGUUCGGCUGGGAAAAUUGGUGGGGUUAUUGGCAAGGGGGGUUUUAAUGUGAAACAGUUACAAGAGGAAACAGGAGCCAAUAUUCAUGUUCAGGAUGCAUCAACAGACUCAGAAGAACGUGUGAUUCGUGUCUCUGCUUUCGAGAUUUAUAUGCUACCAUAUAUGCUAGUGGUAGAUCACCUUGCUAUACUCUUUCAGGCUUUGCGGAAUCCAAGGUCGCAAACAAUUGAGGCAAUUCUUCAGCUUCAAAACAAAGCAAGUGAAUUAUCUGAUAAAGGUACGAUCACGACUAGGCUUCUUGUUCCAUCUAGUAAAGUUGGCUGCAUCCUUGGACAAGGAGGACAAGUUAUUAAUGAGAUGAGAAGGAGAACCCAGGCAGAUAUUCGUGUGUACUCGAAAGACGAUAGGCCUAAAUGUGCAGCUGAAGAUGAAGAGCUUGUGCAGAUAUCUGGGAGCUUUGUUGUUGCUAAAGAUGCUUUGGCUGAGAUUACAUCAAGACUGAGAGUAAGAACUCUGCGUGAUACAAAUGCUGGAGAAGAACAUGCUCCUAUUGGCCCUGCGCACAGAUUUGGUCCUUCUGGCAGCUUGCCUGUUAGAGGAAUGCCACCACCACCUAGUGCAAUUAGAGCUGGCAGCUCUGGUCGAUAUGAUCCUCUAAAGGUUGGUAGACAUGAAUAUGAACCAGAGAGAUAUCUAGUUCUGCCGGCAGCUUCUGGCUAUCAAAGAGUCAACAGUGCUUUGGAUAGUAGGAUUCCAAAUAAUGCAGUGGAUUCUUUUACUGGAAUAGGGGGGAGCAACAUUUCCCAUAUUGGAGAGGUUUCAGGAUCAAGAGUGAAAUUCCAAGACUCCCAAAGUAGUCGCCCUGAACGUGUGCCUGAGAUCCGUGGUCCUGAUCAAUUGAAUGCAGCACAGAAUAUCCUUCAGGCCCUCAUGGCUUCUAUUGGUCAAAAUGCAAGUGCUCAGCCAAGUUCCUACCACAACGCAAAUACUCGGCAAGGCUCCUACCACAACAUCUCUGAUCACCAAAGCCCGUAUCAUGUCAAUGCUCCAAGAAGCCCACACCGAAUGAAUGCUCCACAAAGUCCCUAUCGAGUAAAUGCGCAGCAAAGUCCAUACCAAAUCAAGGCUCAGCAAAGCCCCUACCAAAGCAAUACUCAUCAAAGCCCCUACCAUAUCAAUGCUCAUCAAGGCCCGUACCAAAUCAAUGCUCAGCAAAGCUCUUAUCAGUUGAGUGCUCCACAAGGAUCAAACCCCAACAUCAAUGCUCCACAAGGUGCAUACCGUAACCUUAACUCACAGCAAGCUACGUACCAUAACCUUAACUCACAGCAAGGUGCAUAUCAUAACCUUAACUCACAGCAAGGUGCCUACCAGUACCGACCCUGAUGAUUUCAGAAUUUUUGUAUCAUAUUGCUUCUAGAUAACUCUUGGUUAGUGUACCAAUAGUAUAAGUAGAAAGUACUUCUAUUUUGCCAAUCUACUUUUCUGAGCUUUUAGGUCUCGUAUAAGAAACACCAUGUUCUGUUCUCUAGGGGAUUCUAAACAUCUUUACCAAGAGGAAUUUAGGAGACUAGUUUGUCUAUGGACGCAUUCUUGAAUGGAGAUCAAUGGUCUAUUGUUAUGAA